CAACCAAGAUUCCACUCCACUCACAGACCUAAAGCUUCUGGCACUCGGAGCACAGCAGGGUAAUGCUCUGGCAGCUAUCCCUCAAACACAUCACACACACACAGCAGACGUGGGUAUUUCCUGGGGGCAUCAGCAGGACUCUGAGCCAGUGCCACCUCAUGACCAAGAGAAGAGAGGGAGGAGAGAGAGAGAGAGACAACUGGUCACAGUCAGACAGAUGAAACAAUGAGUGCAAAAGAGGGAUAAACAGUUGACAUCAUUGUUCCAGAAAAAUCAGCCUGCUGGCAGAAUCACUGCUUGUGUGAGGUGAUGCAGAGGAUGUGGACAGAGACAGAGACACAGCCUGGGUUUGGACAGGCCUAUAAAAGGCCAGCAGCACUCAUGACUCACUAACUCAAACCAAGUCACAUUCACUCAUAUCCAAAGUUCUUCGUCUCCUGGAAUCUGACCAUGGACAUCCCCAUCCAGUAUCCCUGGUACCGUCGGUUUUUCCCACACCGGCACCCUGAUCGCUCCUCGGCAGAUCCUCUCACUGAGUGGCCUCACAUCUGGCCCUUUUCUUGGUCCUUUCCACUGAUCCCCCCUUCGCUCAUGCGUUGGUUCAACUGGCCUGACAAUGGACACAGUGAGAUGCGUGUGGAAAAGGAUCGCUUCGUCAUUUUUCUGGAUGUGAAGCAUUUCUCCCCCGAUGAGUUGUCUGUCAGUGUCAGCGAUGACUUCAUCACCAUACAUGCCAAACAUGAGGACAGACAGGACGACCAUGGCUUUGUAUCACGAGAGUUUCUGAGGAAGUACAGGCUCCCCGCGGGCGUGUCAGGUGCUGACGUCACCUCCAGUCUGACGUCUGACGGCGUGCUGACAAUCACUGCACCUCGCUCGUCUCCCGGCCCCAAGCGCAGGAUUCCUAUUUCUUGUGAAGAUGAAAUACUGGAAAAGAAAAUGUAGAGAAGAGCCUGACAUUGUCUCAUCACUAACCCCAAGUGCUGCUGGUUUUAUAUCUAAUCUCUUAGAGUUUAGUUGUGAGUUCAGUGUAGGAGGAAGAUACAUGGGAACAGGUCGACAGGUGCAAGUACCUUCUAAUAAACCUGCAUCUAACAACUGAUGAUUAAAAACAGUCAAAAUCACCUCUGUACCAAACCUGUUUACACCAUCAUUAUGCAUUAUAAUCAUGUAUAAUGCAUUUUAAGCUUCAUACUGCAUGAUUUACAUCACCUUUAAUUUAAGGGAGUGGAAAGGUAAAAGACGUCCUGUCCACUGAAGAUAAUAACAUAGUACCAUUGUUAAAGGGAAGUGCACAGGGCUGUCAGUGUGGGGAUGAGUAACAUGACAAUUUGUUUGUUCUAUGAGAUCAGCAUUGGUCUCUGUAUGUUAGAGGACGGAGGAAGAUGAAGGAGAAAGAACAGGAAGAAAAGGAUUAAUGUGCUCCUUUUUCACAAGAAUGUAGGUCAUGGACUCUGGCGUGAUGUGUUCAGCUGCACUGUAUCAUCCAUGUGUAUGUGUAAGAACCCAAUAGAAUAAAUGUUUACACAGAA